GCCACCAGCCGUCCGUGACGCUCCUAAUGUGCUCGUUUCGGGUAGUUUACGAUUUUUGUAUCCAUCAGUCUCUCUAUGCAAAUAAGCAGCCGGAGCCAGUGUGCUGAUGUCUGAGGGAAACUGCAGCGCUGACUUCAGUGUGUUACAUGACUGUAGGUGCUGAAAUCGAACCUGCUGCGUAAGUCUACACCGAGAGACACGCUGUAUUGUGGCAUAUGGAGAAAACCAGAGGAGCUUUGCCAGGGAAAGGUAUCCAGUAUCAGUCGUAGCCACGUCCUAAAGCCCCGUUUGAAGGAUCCAUUGAAGACCACCCUGAUCAAAGGCAGCUUCUGUAGUCUUGUAUGAAUGUGAGAGGAUGCAUAAGACUGUCGAAGGGUCUGAUCAAAGCGUGCACUGACCCGAGACGCCGGUCAACAUCAGGUAUCCAUGAGGACAGAACAGGAAGAAGAUGGAAGCGGUCGAUACCUUACACACUAUGUGUUCUGUGUAGAGAAUAAACCCUUGUGCUUGCGUUCGGCCUCUCAGUCCUGUCCCGCUGUGUUCUGCCAUUCAAGCAUGGGGCAGAUUGUGGAUUUACCUUUGCGAAGGAUGUGGCUCUUGGCUGCUCUGCUGGUCCUGUCCCAGUUCACGAGCAGCCUGGGCAUCCACAUGGGUUCGGUGGGCAGUCACAGCAUGUUCACCUGCGAGUCAAUCGGCCUCCGAAUGUGCCAGGAUCUUCCCUACAACACCACCUUCAUGCCCAACCUCCUCAACCACUACGACCAGCAGACCGCCGCUCUGGCGAUGGAGCCCUUCCACCCCAUGGUGAACCUGCAGUGCUCUCCAGACCUCAGGCCGUUCCUGUGUGCCCUGUAUGCGCCCGUGUGUAUGGAGUACGGACGCGUGUCUCUGCCAUGCCGGAGCCUGUGCACGCAUGCUAAGAGAGACUGCCAGAAGCUCAUGGACAUGUUUGGAGUCACCUGGCCGGAGGAGAUGGAGUGCAGCAGGUACUCAUUCAAGAGUUUUUCUUCUUCUUUUUUUAAUGUUCUAGGUGUGCGCGACUGCUCCCCUCCCUGUCCCAACAUGUACUUCCGCCGCGAGGAGCUCACCUUCUCCCGCUACUUCAUUGGCGUUGUCUCCAUCGUCUGCCUCUCUGCCACGCUCUUCACCUUCCUCACCUUCCUCAUCGACGUCACGCGCUUCCGCUACCCGGAGCGGCCCAUCAUCUUCUACGCCGUCUGCUACAUGAUGGUGUCACUUGUGUUUUUCUUGGGCUUUCUGCUGGAGGAUCGCGUAGCGUGUAACGCAGCCAAUCCCAGCCAGUACAAAAGGUCAACAGUGACUCAAGGCUCGCAUAACAAGGCCUGCACGCUGCUUUUUAUGGUGCUGUACUUCUUUACCAUGGCGGGAAGUGUUUGGUGGGUCAUCCUUACCAUCACCUGGUUCUUAGCUGCUGUUCCCAAAUGGGGCAGCGAAGCCAUCGAGAAGAAGGCUUUGCUGUUCCAUGCCAGCGCUUGGGGGAUACCAGGCAUGCUAACCAUAACCCUGCUGGCUCUGAAUAAGAUCGAGGGCGAUAACAUCAGCGGCGUGUGUUUCGUGGGCCUGUAUGACGUUCACACUCUCCGCUGGUUCGUGCUGGCGCCGCUGUGUCUGGACGUCCUGGUGGGAGUGUCGCUGCUGCUGGCCGGGAUCGUAGCGCUCAACAGGGUCCGAAUGGAGAUUCCUCUGGAGAAGGAGAAUCAGGACAAGCUGGUGAAGUUCAUGAUCCGGAUCGGCGUGUUCUCGGUGCUGUAUCUGGUGCCGCUGCUGGCCGUGGUGGGCUGUUACCUGUACGAACAGACGCACCGCUCCGUUUGGGAGACCACAUGGGUGCAGGAGCGCUGCAGAGACUACCACAUACCCUGCCCUUUCCAGGUGGAGCAGACCAGCAGGCCUGACCUCGUCCUGUUCCUCAUGAAGUACCUGAUGCUGCUGGUGGUGGGGAUCCCGUCGGUGUUCUGGGUGGGCAGUAAGAAGACCUGCUUCGAGUGGGCCGGCUUCUUCCACGGCCGCAGGCGGAAAGACAGCGGCGCAGUGAACGAGAGCCGGCAGGUUCUGCAGGAGCCAGACUUUGCACAGUCUCUGCUGCGAGACCCAAACACUCCCAUCAUCCGUAAAUCCCGCGGGACGUCCACUCAGGGCACGUCCACCCACGCCUCCUCCACACACCUGGCCAUGCUGGACGACGUGCGGAGCAAAGCCAGCAGCGUCCACAGCAAGAUGAGCAGCUAUCAUGGCAGCCUGCAUCGCUCCAGAGACGGCAGGUUGACCCCCUCCAGCCACAGAGGCAUGGAGGAACGCCCGGCGUACGGGAGCAUGCCGCGACUCAACGAGCAGCUCUCCCGUCACAGCAGCCUUCUCUGCCUCGACAGCCAGUCCAGACACGGCAGCGCCCGAGACCUGAGCAACGCACCGGCCGCUAGCAUCACGCACGGAUCCAGUAUGAACUGCAUGGUGGAGGGCGACGGGACAAGUGCGUAACCCAGAGACUAGCCUCCUCAUACUGAAACAAGAGGCGUAGGAGAGUCCCUGUUCUGGAGCCGCUAAUGGACAGACAUGCGUUUUUGGCAGCAGCAGGGGAAUCAGAAACUCAAUGCAUGUGUGUUGACAGAGCUGUCCUCAGGAUUUGUCCCAUUAGUGGCGCACCUGAGUAACAAGAGAUGUUUUCUUUGAUACUGUGACAAUCUGCUGGAUGAAGUUUACUGCAUGUGAUAAAGCAGCGCCAGGAUGGGCCGCAGCUGUCCGAUGGGAGAUUUUUUCCCAUUACAUCCAUCACACAACCCAGUUUAAAGAGUUCAAGGAUCACUGAUGCUUGAAGAUUGAUGACUGUCCCAUUAGAGAUCAGAUUUCAAUCCCUCUAAAGCCGAAGGAUGGUUCAAAGAGAGGGAGGAUCAGCAGUUCUGUGCCUCUGGCAAGCUAUAUUUAGUUUCUGGUGGUAGUUUGGUUGAGAAGGCAUGGAUAAAUGACGUACCAGAAUCCUCACCAACACCUGAUGUGCUUUUGUUCGGCCGCUUGACGGCUGCCUACCUCAUCACAUCGUAUCGCUCUGACCUGCAUUUCCUUCCCACACUCGUGUCGCAUUACAGAGCUAAAAUGGGCUGCAAAUGUUGACUUUCAGAACAUCUUGCACGUCGAUGCUUUUCCGCCCAUGUGUACAGGAGUCUUACGCUUUGUAAAUGGUGCUUCUUAUGUUGCUUCAUGAAUAUUUCAGCAGGCCAUUUCUACAUGCGCUCUACUUUGGCCAGAGCUCGUACACAAAACGCCUAGCAUGGUGAAUUUUCAUGAAUCGUGCUCUGCUUUACGACCCGCUUUAAGAGUGAAGUUGAGUGUUUUUGUUUACAUGUUGGAUGAGAUUGGUACUCAGUGCCUAAACGUGUGACUUUGGACCUGAGCUUUGUAAAAGCUGUUUUUCUGAUCGCUGUUACUGCUUCUGCUGUACCUUUGCCUUCGGUUUCCCCGAGUACACUUGAUUUUCAUGCUCGAUUCUUCUGUCCACUUUUCUAAUGAGGAAUAAUAUAGCACUUUAACCGUGGCUAUCUGUUGAAUGUGUAGACAUUAAAUCCAUUCAUAGUGUCAUGCAAGAUUUCAAAUAAAGCUUUUGUAAAAAAAAAAAAAAGUGUUUUGUAGUUCCCAAUUUUAUUGAAAUAGUCCGAUAAUGAGCUUUCCAUGUGAAAAGUGGUGUCCAAACCAAUACAACAGUAUUCCACCUUAAACACACUUGUGCAAAAAAA